AUGUCUCGGAAAGCAGGUGGAUUAGCGGCGAUUAUGGCCGGUCAGCCUCUUGUCAAGAAGCCUACUUUCAUGCAAAGAAUGAGAAAACUAUUUCGAGCAACAGGAUUACACUUUGGACUGUGCAUGAUAUGCAUAGCAUACGCAUACGUUGGAGCAAUUGUCUUUCAAUCACUUGAAUAUCCAUAUGAAGAGAUAGUAAGGAAACAGACUGACAAACGAUACAAGAAACUCAUGGAGGGCUUUAUAAACGAUUUGGAGCAGCUAAUGGAUCAAGCCAGCAAAGAUGAUGAUCAUCAGCUAAACUCAUCGUUGUAUUUGCGAACAGAUGAAUAUACCAAAGUUUUGUUCAGUUUGUUUGAUAAUCCAAUAUCACUUAACUAUUUUGAUUCCAUUUUCUAUAACAAAGGAGAUUACAUUGAUUUAUGGACAAUGGAUUCAGCUAUUCUCUUUACAAGUACAACAAUCAUACCUGUAGGUUUUGGAUUGAUAACACCGUUAACAACCUCAGGCAGAUUUUUUCUUUGCCUUUAUGCUAUAAUAGGAAUCCCAUUAGCAUUAGUAACCAUGUCAGAUAUUGGUAAGUUCUGUUGUGAUGCAGCAUUUCGUUGUUUUCAUGAGAAAAUGUUUCUAUUUAUGGUAACACUGUUAUUAAUCAUAUUCCUCUAUCCCAUAUUUGGUGGAUUGAUUAUACAUCUGCUCUCAGAUAUGACUGUCUUUGAUAGCAUAUACUUCUGUUCCAUUACAAUUCUCACUGUUGGCUAUGGUGAUAUAGGCCCACCUGUUCCCGUCAUUUAUUUGAUUCUGUUCAUUGUCAUUGGUGUUACCCUGGUUACUAUCUCAGUUGAUGUCGUAGCUGCAAAUAUCAUUCAUCACAUCCAUUAUAUGGGACGUCAUAUGGGAAAAGCCAAAAUGGUAGCAACGAAAAUGAUGCAAAUGGCACAAAAGAUUAGUAUCAACAAAGGACUCGGACUCGGAAUGGCUCAAUUAGGAGCCUUUGCUCGUAUGGGCAUGAUGAUGAACGUGAAUGUAAAUGCCAUGCCGGGAGAUGCGAAAGGAGCCAUUAAUGACACUCACAUAAUCACGGAUGAAGCCAACAUAAAGCAGAGAACCAGUACAGCUUUCGAUCCUGAACUGGACUUUGAUUUGAUUGAUCACGGCACUCGAGCUGAUACGGAUGGCUUUGCGUUCUUUGACGAUGCUGAUAACGAUGCUUUUUAUUGA